UGUCGUGUGAAAAUAUAACAAGAGAAAAGGUUUAUAAUUUGCACAAUUCCAACGAAGAAAACAAUUAGUUAUUAUAAACUAUUCGCAUUGUUCUCGAAUUUUAGAAAACUAAAAACCUUUUUAUUUUACAAGUAUUGAAUACGAUUUACGCCUUCAAAGUAACAAUAUAGUAGGGAGGUGAACUAAUAGAAAGGAUAUUUUGGUAAAUUAUUGUGACGUAGGCGAGAGUGUUGAUACACUGACAGCAACAAGUAAUAAGUGAUAAUUGAAUAAUGGAAGUAUACCUUAAUGAAACGGAAUCGCGCUACUUUAGCGAUUUGUUUCUAUGUUGUGACGUGGAAAAAGUUGGUAAAAUAUCAAUACUAAAAGCUAUGGAAUUGUUUCGUUCAGCGAAUUUGCAAAAUGAUAAAAUUUUAGAGAUAACUUCACUUGUCGGUAUACCUCCAACAGCUAUUCAUAUCUCUCGAGCACAAUUUUAUUCGUGCUUAAAACUUAUUGCUGCAUUUCAAGCAGGAUUACAAUUGAGUCAAGAGAUUAUGACUUCAACUCUUCCCUUGCCAUUGCCGCGGUUCAGCUGGAAAGAUUCGCCAAGUAAUAUUGAUACCGAUUUCAUUCCAAGUGGUUCAAGGAUGCACCAGUCUACAAACGAGUCAAACUCAAUUCCACCGCCUCCAGUCUCUGAGCGAAAGAAUUCAUUACCUCAAAAACAAAAAGACUGGCUGGUUGAAUCCGGUGGAGGUAACACUUUAGAGAAUGCUAUAAAAAACAGAGACGUGGUAAGCACUGAUUCUGAAAUUGAUCAGAAUGAGUCGAAUGAGGGAGAUAGCGCCAAUCGGGCAGAUGAGAGUGGAAGCAGUGGCCAUGAAACACUUCGUCAUAGAGGUUCACCAGAAGCUUGGAGUACAAAUAGUGAUAGUCCCACUCCAACAAAUAGUGUGACAGAUCGUCAGUGGGCUAAAGAAACAUUAUGGCAAGGUUUGCUGGGAGAUGAACAUCGGCAACUACUGGGUACAGAAGAAGAAUCUUCAGAUCGUCAUAGUAGUGAGGAUGAAAAUGAUUUAGAAAGCGUAUACCAAAUAACACCAGAGCAACGCGAUUAUUACUAUAAACAGUUUAAAUCAGUACAACAUGACAAUAAGGGAUUUAUUUCCGGCCAGGUAGCGAGGGUUUUUUUUGAAAAAUCAAGGAUACCAGUUGAAGAAUUGAAACAUAUUUGGCAAUUAUGCGACGUAUCUCGUGAUGGUGCAUUAAGUUUGGCUGAAUUUACUGCCGCUAUGCAUUUAGUUGUAUUAAGACGUAAUAACAUACCCUUGCCAGCCAUGCUACCAUCAUGUUUACAUCCAACUAUAUUACAAUAUGGCUCACGGCUUAGUGCCAAAUUAACACUAGAACCACCUGAAGCUGACCUUUUACAUUUAAAUGAUGAUGAUGAAGAGGACAAAACUGAUAAUACAAUAAUUGCAACACAAGCAAGUACUGUGAAACGAAUUAUUAGCGAUAAAAACGGAAUGGAUAUUAGUACUUUGUCAGCAUCAUCACAAGCGAGUAGUGGAUCCAGACAAGGAAAUCAGCCAUUAUUAACACCUCCAACGUUAGCUCCUCCAGUAAGGAAUCGCAGUAUAUCUAAUUCCCCAAUUGUUGAGUCAAACAUCACACCCCCUAACUUGACAAUUGAAUUAGGGUUAGAUAAAACAAAAGAUCGAAAUUUAUGGGCUCCCACGGAUAUACCUCCCUCUCAAUGGACUAAGUUUACGGAAUCUCCUACAUCAAAUGUAUCCAGUCCUGGUCCAAAACCAGUAAACUUUGAUAUGCAGCGAACUGCACAAGCUGUGGUGUCAGACCCACAAAUACUGCAUCCUGUACCUUUACGGGUCACCCCAGUUGCAGGUACUCUUUCUGGAAAUUCAAUAGUUCCCACUGAAACUGUUAAUCAGGAUGUCAACGAAUUGUCACAUAAUCAAGACACAAGUCCUAAACAAAUGUCAGCUGCUUCUUCAACUACAAUUCCAUUAAAUCCCAACAACAAUAACCCAGCAAAUAUUUUAAUACAUAAUAGGGAGUCUCUCCAAACUAAUGAUUUAAGAGCUAUACAGCGUCCUCAAGCAAAAAAAUUAUUAACAAAAAAUAUCGGAGCCUUACCUCCACCACCACAAAGAGAGCCAUGUAUAAGCAGUAACUCUGGAAUCUCAAGCAAUGCUUUUACGAGCAUAGUUCUCUCUGCUGAGAACGGAGAUGAUAACGAAAUAGUUAAUAACGGCCAAAAGCAACAAUUAUUACAAAAUAAAAAGGACCCUCCUCCAUUACCACCACCACGACCCCAUCGGCAUGGCCGUAGUAGUAGUUUGGAUUUAAACAAAUUUAAAAUUUCUACAUCUGGUUGUCAACAGGCAGAGAUAACAGCACAGGCAAGUUUUGAUCUACAGACUUCUACUGGUUUUGCUGAUUUCACACAAUUUUAUAACAAUGAUUUGAAAGAGGCAAACUCUGAUCAAAAAGAGUACUCUUUACCACCAACGCUCCAAACGUUAUCAUCACAAUCCGCUACUGCAGUGGUUGCAAUGCCCCCAACACGGGUUUCAUUGCAACAGUCCAAUCAACGCGUUUCAGCGUUUGAAGUGUAUAGAAAACCAAAUACACCACGAAGUUCACAAUCGCCUAUACCUGGAAUACAAAUGAAUAAUAGAAUACAGCAAAGUCAACUGCUUCCUCCAACAUCUAAAUCAGUUGGAGCAAUCGGUGGUUCUGUAACAACACAACAUUUACAAUUAGUUAACGCAUUACCAAAUUCAGACCUGUAUGAAAAACGUAUUAACGCUAUUAGCGAAACUUUAAAACACGUGUCAUUCAGGCAGGACAAUAGUAUGGGUAAUGUGUUGAGGCACCUUCGCGAGCAAAAUAAUAUGUUGUUGCGUUUGUGCAACGAUUUAAGUGAUGAAUUACUCUCGGUACAGGCCCGGAAAGAAGAACUGCGAGUUAAAAUGGAAGCGUUCACAUUAACAGAGUAUUCAAUACGAAACUGCAAUCAUCAGCAAACACAAUUAGGAGCGCUAACAAAUUCAUCGACGUCUGAGCCAGUUUCUGCUAAUCUUUCUGGUGCGUCAGGCAACUCUGGAAUACAUUCAAAUGUCUAAGCUCAUGAAAAUAUCAAAACCACUACCGUUAUAUUUAUUUUAAAUUUCCCUCUCAUUAAGUUCUACAUUUUAAUUUAAUGCUAAAAAUAUUUAAUUAUAAAAGCUAUAAUUUUAGUAAUAAAAGAUAAAGCAUAUAAUUAUGCUAUAUGUUAUAUAAAUAUGGGACUAAGAGAUAUACAGUUAAGUUUGCAGUAUUUUUUCGAAUAUUUUAGUAAAUUUACAUUCAGAGUAGAAAAUUAUAAUAAGAAAUGGUUUGCCAUAAUUAUCUUAUGAUAUCUAGAGCUUAAAUUUACUGUAUCACCAUCAUAAAUUUUUCCCAUAACCUUUAUUUCUUCACUUAAAAUGUAAUAUAACGUCAUAUCACUUUUCAUAGGUUAACAGGAAAAGUAAGAAAUGAUGGAAAAUAUAAAGUACUCAUAUUGAAACAAAAAUUUAAGUUUGGUUGUAUCUAAUAACUGAUGCUUAAAAUAAAGUGUAAAAAUUUUAAUUUGAUGUAGUGAAUCGUAAUCAUUAAAAAACAUGUUCGAUUUCUUUUUGUUUUUGAUAAUACGUUGUUUUGCAUUUUAAGUGAUGAUAUGUAAAUAUAUGCAUGCCUAUAGAUCUCUGUACGGGUGUACGAGUAUAAAUAUAUACUGCUAUUCACUUAUAAUUUUGGCAGUUAUGUAGGUAUAAAGAAUAAACAAUACACAUGCUAUAUAAAUAUAUAAAUUAGAGAAGUGAUAUAUAUAUAUUUAAAUUGUUAUAUAAUUUGCUAUGUAAAAUAACUAUUACCAUAACAAAAAUGUAUACUUAUUCAUUCCGAAUUCAAAAUAGAUCACUCUUUUACCAAAAAGAAAAACAUUAAAACAUUAAUUAUAAAAUAUUUAUAUGACAUGAUGAAAAAUUAAGCGAUUUAUUUAAUUGUCUAAUGAGUAUAUGUAGGUAUACCUUACAUAUUAAGCUUUAGUGAUUGAACUAUACAUAAAAGCCAUUUAGCUGUUUUACAGUUGGAUAUAUGUGAUUGAUUAUAAAGGUUUAUACACGAUUAUAUAGCCUUCAAAUAUAAAAAACAACAAAACAAACAAAAAAAAAAAAAUCGUACCAUUUAAGUCAGACAUUGGCAAAUACAGAUAAUAAAUUUCAUAUGUUAUGAGUAAUACAUAUGUACGUAAAUCAAUAAAGGUCAUGGAUCGUUUAUUAAAA